AUGCGGACGCAGGCGGCGGAUGCGACGCUCUUCUUCUGGCUGCUCGUCGCAGUCCGAGCCCAGAGCGCGUGCGAGCGAGGCUGGAAAGACUACGACGGCUCCUGCUACUUCUUCUCGACCGAGGUCAGUUCUUACCAGACCGCCCACGGGGCGUGCCUCAAGAAAGAUGCCCACCUGGUGAGCAUCCACUCCGAAGGGGAGAACCUGUUCGUCUCCUCGCACGUGGCCCAGCGGAGCGUGUUCGUCGGGGCCGAUUACUCGGACGUCCGUCGACCCGUCAACACGGACAACACGGCGUGGGAUUUUCAGUUCCACUACUGUGGCGCCUCCUGCGAGCCCGGCCGGGAGGACACCACUGCCAAAGAGCGCCCCGUGGUGACGGUGCUCAAGGCGGACAUGUGGAAGAACUACUUCUGCGAGGCACAUAAGGGCUUCAUCUGCACCGCAGAGCCAGAAGAGUGCAAGGAGGACGACGGGUGCGUCACCGCCAGGUGUCCUCCUCUCUACCAGUCGGGCGGGAACCUCGCUCCCUGCAUCUUCCUGUCCCAGCAGACGGCCACCUGGGACGAGGCCAACGACACCUGCGUCAGGAUGGAGGGACGGAUGGCCUUCAUCGACACCGCGGACAAGCACGAGCGGCUCAUGAAGGACCUCUCGGGCGACUUCUCUCCUCUGGCAAGUGACAUUUCAAUACCAGAAUUGUGGAUUGGCGUGCGCCUGGAUGAAACCUGGGUGAAUGGGAGCGGAUUGGAACCCAAAGCAUUCACACGCUGGUACCCGACAUACCCGGAAGAAGGGACAGGGGAAUGCGUGGCCAUGAUCCCAUCGACAUGGCACAUUGAAGGCGUCAUCACAUCCACACAUUAUGGCUAUGUCUGCAAGAAGCCCCAGCCCAAGAAGAACAUCAUCCGUGUUGUUGCCGAGGGUGUUUUCACUUCUGUCUGGAACCAUUUUCUCGGCUGGGUUCGCGUCAUCUGAUCCUCACUUGUGAAACAAACUCCCGUUCUCUCAUGUGUACAACAUAUUUUUCAUUGGAAUCUGUUUCAAGGGGGCAAGGACAGACUAAAAAAAUAUAGGAAUUAUUUAUC